GAUCCCUCUUUUUUUUUUUUUUGAUACAAGAUAGAAUUUCUCUCUGAGGGACAGAUUCAGGUCGCAGAUUUGUUUCCCUUCCUUUUGAAUUGUCUGACAAUGUGUCCUCUACCAGUUCCCAGUGGUAUUGAAUCAGAUGUUACUGCUGAGAAAAUCAUUGGGUGUUUGUGCAAAAUUGACAAGGGAGAUCUCAGAGAUCACCCCAGCAAUUUGAUGUCAGAUAUUGAUUUUCUUCGUUAUGACCCUGAAAAUCUGCCCCCUGGCAUGUGGUUCUUAAUUCACUCUGAGGUGGACGGAGUUUAUGAUCAUGGAAAAUGGAGUAUCAAAGGAGAGGCCUAUAAAAUUGUCUUAGACUCUAUGACCACUUGUUUGAGAACUACAUUUGAACACUAUAAAGGCCAAGGGCCUCAUGAGCGUAGAACCAACUGGGUGAUGCAUGAAUACAGGAUAUUGAAGAGUAGACAGUUUGAAGGCAGCAACAUGAAGGAAACCAACUCGCUGUGCGGAGUCUUCCGUUAUGGCGAGCAAAGCCAAAACCAUGAAAAGCAGCUGAAACUGGGUAGCACUAAUACUGCAAGUGAAAAUCACAUUCACACUACUCAAUCAGUUGUUCCAAAUGCCGACAAUAGUAUUGGACAAAGUUCCACAAGCCAGCCUCAGGUAAGUGUGGCUGACAACAGAGUCAUCCUGGCUUUGAGGGAGAGAUCUCCAGAUCAUCAGCAUCAAAAUCUGCAUGAAGUAGAGGACCAUCCUGAAGAUGAUUACCUUGAAAUUUUGGAUCUUGAGAAUCCUUUAUCCCCUUCUUCAAGUUCAGAAUCAAGUUGCGUGACCAUUUCAUCAGAUGACUGGUUUGACUCAGUGGCUUUGAUGCAAGAAAUGGAGUCUGAAAAUAACCAGAGGAAUGCUGGUUAUGUCUCUGCACCUGUCAAACCAAACAUGGUGGUUGUGCUUCCAGCUACUUCAGGAUCUCUUAAUAGAGAAAAAAUGUUGACACCUUCAGAAAUCCCCAAAACUGAUAGUUCUACACCCGAAUCAGCUGUGCACCGUCAAGGAAGCAAAAUUCCGAAGCCAAACCUCAGGAAUGAAGGUUCAUCAUCAAAUUCUCACAAUCUGACCCCACCAUUCAGUAGCCAUAUAGUACCUGCAGAUCAAGAAAACACGGCUGCUGUUGUCAGAAAGAAAAAGUUCAGGAAGUAUCUGUGUUUCAUGCCUUUCUAAUCUAAAUUAACAGAAUUUUUGUCCAAACUGCAUUAGGAGGAAUAUUCUUCAAGUUCAUUACAUGAUCAUCAAAAUAACCAUCUACAUGUGCUUUUAAUCACAUGAAAUAAUUAAUAAUCUAACUAGUUUAGAUGACCUAAUUUUCAUUUGAUCACAAGCAUACAUAGAUAAUUAUAUAAAAUUAUAUAAAAUGUCACGUAGUGGGUUGAAUAAGAUUCCUCUGAAAACAGUUUGGAGACAAAUUUUGUAAAUUUUAGAUCCUCCUUAUAUGAAAUACAUGUGUACACUGUACAGUUAUGUGUGUGUAUUAGCAAGUACAUUAAUAUAUUUGUAAGCACAAUGUUCCAUCAUCAGCAAAAAAUGGACCAACUGUGUAUUCAGUGGAGUUGUGGUGGAAGAAUAGCUGAGAUGAGGAAUGUAGGCGGUGGUGUCUGAAAUUGAAGCUGGCAGACUAGUAUAAUUAAUUGAGGAGACUAAUUGGUAGGACUCUGAUUGUUUCAUUGUCUAUGUAACAAUGCAAGGCUGAUGUUGGCUCUUCAACUUUUGAGCUGCCUAUUAUUUCUUCUGAACUUCAAAUGUAAGAAACUUUACUCUUUUUUUAAUAGAUUCACUUGCUGUACUUGAAUGUUGUA